CUACCAGCUUCAAUUAUUUACGUUUUCACCUCAUGUAAUAACAUAGACUAUGACCUAAACUAUGUGCUGUGCAGGACUUUAGAUGAACUGAUUCCAGUCGGCAUUGUUAUUACCCAUGCACGUGACUCUUUUCUCUCGACAAAUGAGUUUAUGUUUAAAUAAUGAUGCAUUCCAGACAGCAAUUAACAGCAGUGAAACGACAGUCGGACUGGAUUUUUUGAUGGGUAAAAAAAUGGCAAAUAAAAUAUAUGUCAUAAUUUGUAAAUAUAUUUAAAGUAAUUAUCGAAAAUCUCUACUGUAAGUUGGAAUGAAAUGUUUAUAUGCAAUUCUAUUUGAGUAGCACUAAAAACUGUUUAUUCAUUUUCGGAUUUUCUUUUUCAAGUGAACAUGUUUGCUAAAAUGAUAUGUAAAUCUUUUAAGUAAUUAUAACUUUUAAAAUAUUUUCCAGCUCUUAUUAGUUGUAAUAUUUUACUAGUACUCUGAGUGACGCUGUUGGUCAGCGUGUGCAGAUUUGUAAACGGUGCUUUUAGAUCCUCUUCUGUACUACGACGGUGUGCACCGCAUUUUUUUCUUCACUCAGGACUGUCGGAUAAACAUACAUCGCGGAAUUAUUGACUUUCAAAACCUAUAGGGAUUUUUUUCCCUAUUUAAGUUGUCUUAAUUCUGCCUGUUUUACAGGAUUUAAAAAAUGAUUGGUCUUUAUUCGCUUGGUGCUCGGAUAAGUGGCUCUACAGUCCGCGUUUCGACAUGGCUGACAAUGCUUGGAUUUGCUUUUGUCAUGGCCGUUGCGCACGGGCAGGUCCGUUAUUCUAUUCCAGAGGAGAUGAAUAAGGGAUCAGUGGUGGGAAAUAUCGUGCAGGAUCUCGGUUUGGAUGUAAAGAGACUGAAAUCUGGCAGAGCACGGAUCUUUACGGAGGACAGUCGUGAGUACAUCGGUCUGAAUGUGGAUAAAGGCACUCUGAUAGUGAGAGAGAGGAUAGAUAGAGAGGAGCUGUGCGCUCAAGUGUCUCCAUGCUCUUUACAUUUUCAGAUUAUUAUAGAAAAUCCAAUGGAGUUACAUAGAAUCGACGUGGAAAUUCUGGAUAUAAAUGAUCAUGCACCUGCUUUCGACAGAAAAGAAAUCAGUAUUGAAAUAUUUGAAUCUGCACUUUCUGGUUCACGGUUUUCUUUAGACAGUGCACAUGAUCCUGAUGUCGGGGUGAAUACACUGCAGAGAUACACUCUUAAUCCUAUGGAUCAUUUCUCACUGAAAGAAUUAUCACGUAGCGACGGCACCAAAUAUGUUGUAAUGGUUUUAAAAACACCUUUAGACAGAGAGCAACAAGAGACGCAUAAUUUAAUUUUGACAGCAUUUGAUGGUGGCACUCCUCAAAAAUCUGGAACAGUUAAAAUUACCGUCACUGUUCUUGAUGUAAACGACAAUUCUCCUGUGUUCAGUCAGCCAAUAUACCGAGUAUCUUUAUUCGAGAACUCUCUGAAAAAUAGUUUAGUAGUAGUCGUCAGUGCUACUGACAAGGAUAAAGGAUCUAAUGGCGAAAUUACCUAUUCAUUUUCACAAAGCACCGGAAAAGAAGCGAUGGAUUUGUUCAGCAUUGAUUCGGACACUGGAGAAAUAAAGGUGGAAGGUUUCCUAGAUUUUGAAAAAUCUAAACAGUAUGAACUAGAUGUCGAGGCGAAUGAUAAGGGCGGGUUAGUUGAUGCUAGUAAAGUGCUCAUUGAAAUUAUCGAUAUUAAUGACAAUACCCCUGUUAUCAGUGUUAUUUCAUUUUCCAACCCAAUACCAGAAGAUUCUAUCCCUGACUCGACUGUAGCUAUGUUAAAUAUUAAAGACGUAGACAGUGGAAAGAAUGGACAAAUUAAAUGCACAGUGAAUUCAGAUCUGCCUUUUCGCAUCAAAUCGGCUUCCUCCAAUUUUUAUAGUUUAGUCACCGAUCGUGUUUUAGAUCGUGAAAUGUUUUCUGAAUACAAUAUAACGAUCACAGCUACAGAUGAAGGAUCUCCAUCUUUAUCCACAAAUAAAACGCUAACACUUAAAAUAUCUGAUGUGAACGACAACGCCCCUGUUUUCCAGCGUCACUCAUACACCGCUUAUGUGAUGGAGAAUAAUUCACCUGGAGUGUCUAUAUUUGCAGUGACAGCAACUGACAGAGACUCUGGGAAUAAUGCGCGCAUUUCUUAUUUUUUAGAAGAUCUUUCUGUCAACGGAGUUUCUGCUUCGUCUUAUAUUUCCGUUAACGCAGAGAGCGGAGAGAUUCUCGCUAUUCGAUCUUUUGAUUACGAGCAAACAAAAGAGUUCAAUAUUCGCGUAAAAGCGCAGGACGGAGGCAACCCGCCUCUCAACAGCAACGUGAGUGUGAGAAUUAUUAUUCAGGACCAGAAUGACAACGCGCCUCAGAUUCUGUAUCCAGUACAAACUGGUGGCUCUGUGGUGGCUGAAAUGGUUCCUCGUUCAGCAGAGGUGGGCUAUCUAGUGACUAAAGUGGUGGCUGUGGAUGUGGACUCUGGACAGAAUGCCUGGCUCUCAUAUAAACUGCAGAAAGCGACAGACAGGGCGCUGUUUGAAGUGGGCGCACAGAAUGGAGAAAUAAGAACUGUGCGCCAAGUCACUGAUAAAGAUGCUGUGAAACAGAAACUCACUGUUAUAGUGGAGGACAACGGACAGCCCUCUCGUUCAGCUACAGUCAAUAUUAACGUGGCUGUGGCGGACACUUUCCCUGAAAUGCUCUCCGAGUUCACUGACUUUACGCAUGACAAGGAAUUAAAUGACAACUUGACAUUUUAUCUCGUGCUGGCCUUGGCUGUAGUUUCGUUUCUCUUUAUUGUCUCCAUCAUCGCUAUACUGUCAGUGAAAUGCUACAGAUGGAGACGUGAGAGGAUGUUUUACAAAUCUGGUGCUAAUCUUCCAGUUAUUCCGUAUUAUCCACCUCUUUACGCAGAUGUAGGGGGAACAGGAACUUUACAGCAUAUGUACAAUUAUGAAACUUACAGAACCACUGACUCUCGAAAGAGUGAUGUGAAAUACGCCAGACCUCCUACGGAGAGCAUCAUUAGUCUGGACACCAGCGGGACACAGACAAUCACGCAUGCGCAGAGGGAAAAAUCUUGUGUCGAAUUUGAUGAGCAGCAAAAACCCCCCAAUGCCGACUGGCGUUUCAACCAGAACCAGAGACCUGGACCCAGCGGAGCCGCUGCCACUCCAGACGUCCCCAUGGGAACCGGACCCUGGCCAAACCCCCCAACUGAGGCUGAGCAGCUCCAGGCGCUAAUGGCUGCCGCAAAUGAAGUGAGCGAGGCCACUAACACACUGGGUCCUGGCACCAUGGGCCUGAGCACGCGCUACAGCCCCCAGUUCACCCUGCAGCAUGUUCCCGACUACCGACAGAACGUCUACAUCCCGGGCAGCACUGCCACGCUCAGUGCCAACCCCCAGCAGCCCCAGCAGCCUCCUCAGGCACUCCCCGCUCCACAGGUCACCAGCGCCCAGGUCGAGCCGCCUAAACCCCAGACGCCCGCUAGCAAGAAAAAGAUCACCAAGAAGGAGAAGAAAUAAAGGGAGAACGGGUGUGCUGGGUGGGAUGAGGUUCUGCUUUUGAUUUCAGGGUAGAUAAAGUAGAGUGAGAGAGGUGUGAGGGCCAAGAGUUACAAAUAAAUAUGAAACUCUUGUUUCUUCAUACGUAGGUAAGUUUUUCUGCACUUGCUGUUUCAGAUUUAUGAAAUUAAGAAUGAGUGAGAAGAAAUCAGUGUGCAGCUUCAGCUUUUUUUUUUUUUUAAUCCAUUAGUCUUGUUUUUUUUUUUAUUAUUAUUCAUUUCAAUCCUACCACUGACAUCUGUGUAAUAUAAGAACCUGUGGCUGGAUGAGUGUGUUAUUUACAACAGUUUCACAUUGAGAUUUUCUUUUCAAUGUUUUCUUUUCAUUUUGAAUGUUCCUGAAGCUGGGAAAGUGAACAGAUGCUGGUUUAUAUUUUUUUAAGCUUGUAAAAGAAUAUAAUUAGUCAUUACAGUAUAUACAGUAACAGUAGAUGGAGAAGGAUAGCCCAUGGCAGUUAUCAAAAUGACAAUAAUGUGCUUGGAUUUGUAUCAGAGAUAUUUUAAUUUCGAGCUGCAUUUGCUGGCUUCAUUCAAAAAUAUCAUGUUUUUUGAUUUUGUUGCUGCGCGUUUGGUCACCACUAUUGGACUUUAUGAAAAUGUAACACAGUGUAAAGGUUUGAUUUUGGAAGUCUUUGCUGGAAAAAAAAGCAGAUAAUCAUUUUUGCAUGAUGCUGACCAUUAUAGAAAAUGUUAGGUUUAAACUAUGCAUCGCAUGCCUGAUGAAAAAAACAAAACAAAAAAAAGGAUAAACAUGAAAUUUGUGCGUGCAUUGUGCUUUUUAGUGCACUCCUUUCAAUUACAUUUCCAGAGACAAACUAUGACUUAAAUGCUAUAACAGAAAGAAAUUCCUGCCCCAUAACCCACAAAUCUUUAUUCUUGUGAAUUGAAUGUUGAGGCAUUAUGUUCUGGCAGUUAUGCAUGAAAAAGAUGCUUAUAGUGAAGAAAUCGGUUAUUUUAGGCUGUACAUAAUAAUGACGUUUUUCCUAAUUCCUAAGUAAUCAGCACUGACUGGUCACAACCUGAUCACAUGAGAAUGAAAAUAAUAUGUCCAUAAAUAGCUCUAAUGACCAAAAUGUGAUUAUAUUCCUCCUUUUUCUCAGCUUUUUAAUUUCUUCAUCUAUUCUUUAUUCGUGAACAGUAACAUCACCUGUUGUAAAUAGAUAACAGCCGAUAAUGAAACAUACAUAAACCACAAUCAACAAGACUUUAUAUGAGCCUGAACCACAGGCUUACUACUGGAAUGUGUUACAUAGUGUUGUUUUGUAGUAAAAUGGAAAAAAUAAACAAAUAAGCAAACAAAUAUAUGAAUACAGGAAUAAAGAAAAUGAUCAUGCAAAUCGUUGCUCUUUCAGCAGUAGUUAUUUAGCACAAGAAGGCCGACUAACUCAACUUGUAAAUAAAGAGAUUAACAUUGAAAAAGGUGAAACACACGUAGUCUAGAAACCUGU